AUGCAGCGCGGGUCGGGCUCGCAGUUUAAGCGCUUGGAGCAAGGAUCUGCUAAAUGUUUGGAACCUAUUUUGACUCAUGCCGCCACAUAUCCAUGCCAUGCCCGGGGACAGCUGGGGGUCCUAUGGGUCCUGUGUGGCCGUGAAUGCAGCUCCUUCCAGAUAUCGCCACCGUCCGCCGCGCUACGUGGAACCGCUGCAGACAUCAUCGUCGUGGGUGUGCGCGAGCUCUACCAACAUGGAUGGGCUGCGGACCCGAUGCUUCAGAAAGUGCUGCUCAUCGGCGAUGCCCCUGCAGCAGAGAUCAACUUCGAGCUCCUUCGCGAGCAGCGGGAACGACGUCUUCAGCAGGAGAGGGAGAGGUGCCGGCUGGAAGCUGAAGCACGGCGACAGGCGCAGGUCGAUGCGCAGGAGGCGGCAGAGGAGGCGCGGCGAGCGGCCGCGGAGGAGGCAGAGGCCUUGGCCAAGGUCGUGAGCGCGAUGGCGGAACCUGUCAACCCCGACCAGGUUCCUUCGCCGGAGUCCAGCGAUGCUGCGCCGCCAGACGCUCCCGAAUGGCAAACCCUGAUUCCCGCUCAUCUGCUGAAGGACGAUCUCGAUAGCGAGGCGGCGCUAGAGUUGUCAUAUGGAGUGUCCCCGACAACAUGGCGUUCCUGCGCCAUUGAUUUGUACGUCACGUCACGCACAGGUUCCGAGGCUCCUCCUGAGCCCGAGCAAGCUGCCAGCUUCUCCCAGCACGAACCGCACUUCCAAGAAGAGGAGGAGGUGAUCUUCGGCCAGGCAGUUUGGCUUCAUGUUUACGACCUCACAGCCUCGUUCCACCUCCCCGUUCUCAACUCGGCGCUGCUCCGCACAGGCGGCGGUCUUUUUCAUGCGGGCAUCGAGGUCCAUGGCUACGAGUACAGCUUUGGACUGCGUGAACGGGGCAGCGGCGUCUAUGCCUGUGCUCCCAGAGGCAACGCAGCCCAUGUGUGGCCAGGCUGCAAGAAGCGCUUCCCCACAACGUGCCUUGCAUGCUCGGGGCCUUGCGCAUGUGUAGAUGGAUGA